AUGACAGUUUCUUACAGCCUUGAAGUGGCCAAUGUGAGAUUUGGUGGCUUCUCCAAGCUUCUGUUCAGGUGGAAGGGAAGCAUCUACAGGCUGCUUUAUAAAGAGCUUCUGGUGUUUUGUGGAGUUUAUUUGUUUUUCAGUUUGUUGUACAGAUUGAUGCUCACAUCAAGGCAGCAGGAUCUAUUUGAGCGUGUCGCCCUUUACUGUGAUCAGUUCACCAACACCAGCUUCAUCCCAGUUCUGUUUGUACUGGGUUUCUAUGUGACCACGGCCUUUAAUCGGUGGUGGGGUCAGUACAGCAGCUUCCCGCUGCCUGAUAACCUGAUGAUGGUGGUGUCUGGGAACGUCCACGGGGCAGACGAGAGGGGUCGCCUGCUGCGACGAACGCUCAUGAGAUACGCCAACCUAUCUUCAGUUCUUAUCCUCCGCUCCAUCAGCACCAGAGUUCACAAGCGCUUCCCAACUUUGGAGCACAUAGUGGAGGCUGGAUUCAUGACGACACACGAGCUGAAACAUUAUGAGUCGCUGCACUCUGACUUCAACAAGUACUGGAUGCCUCUGACUUGGUUCUCAAACCUGGCAUCCAAAGCGAGAGAAGAGGGUCGAGUGAGGGAUGACAUCGCUUUGAGACUGCUGAUGGAUGAGCUGAAUAAGUACAGAGCCAAGUGCAGCCUCCUGUUCCACUAUGACUGGAUAAGCAUCCCUCUGGUCUACACUCAGGUAGUCACUAUAGCAGUUUACUCUUUCUUUGCCUUCUGCGUGAUUGGCCGACAAUUUCUGAACCCUGAGAAGGGCUACAAGGAUCACAAGGUGGACAUGUAUGUUCCUGUUUUCACCCUGCUGCAGUUCUUCUUCUACGUCGGCUGGCUCAAGGUGGGGGAGCUGAUCAUCAAUCCAUUUGGUGAGGAUGAUGACGACUUUGAAACCAACCAGCUGAUUGACCGAAACAUUCAGGUGUCGAUGCUGGCUGUAGAUGACCUGUACCAAAACCUGGCUCCAAUUGUGAAGGACAAGCACUGGGCGCAGAGACAUUUCUCCAUCCCUUACACUCUGUCCACAGCAGCAGAGACUCUCAAACCAGCCUUCAAAGGCUCCACCUUUGACAUGAGGUGA